GACCAUUGCAAGACAAUAUGGCGAAAUCAGUUCUGAUCACCGGCUGCUCACCUGGAGGCAUUGGCCAUUCCCUUGCCCGAGAGUUCAAGUCAAGAGGCUUCCGAGUCUUCGCUACGGCGCGAAAGGCAGAGACGAUAUCCGACCUCGCUGCUCUGGGCAUUGAGACGCUUUCGCUAGAAGUGACCGAAGAGAAGAGCAUUCAGGCACUUCACGAUGAGAUUGCCUCGCGGACGAACAAUUCUCUCGACUAUCUGGUGAACAAUGCCGGCAGGAAUUACACUGUCCCGGCCGCACACGUUGACAUGGAGGAGAUCCGACUGACCUACGAAACCAACGUCUUCGCCGUCAUGCGGUUGUGCCAAAUCUUCACGCCUCUCUUGAUCAACGCAAAGGGAGCUAUUGUCCAGAUCGGCAGUGUGGCGGGUAUCAUUCCCUACGUCUUUGGCUCCGUCUACAACUCCACCAAAGCGGCUCUCCACAGCUACAGCAACACACUCCGAGUCGAGCUGGCGCCUUUCGAUGUGCGUGUCGUCACCGUCGUGACUGGCGGUGUCAGAUCCAACAUUGCGAGGACCGAACGAAAGCUUCCACGAGACUCGAUCUACCUGCCUAUCGAAGAGAACUACAAUAAGCGUCUCACCCACAGUCAGGCUUCCGGCAUUCCCAACGAGCAGUACGCCGCGAGCGUUGUGAGACAGCUUUUGGCGAGUCCUAAGAAGGAUCAUAUUUGGGAGGGAGGCAAGUCGUGGUUGGUGUGG